UUAUGCAAAUAUCAUGGAUAUAGAAUUAAAUGGUAUGUUUAUUAAUAUUUUGUUUAGAUCUUGCUUAUCUAUCAAGAUCUGAAUCACCAUUAUACAUGGAUGGCUCCAUAAAUUCUUGAAAAAUAAUCUUUCUCAUCUAAAUGUGAUGUCUGGUCAGUUGGAAUUAUACUUUAUGAACUUCUUUACUAAAAACCCCUUGGUUUGCUGAAAACGCACAAUUUCUGCUUGAAAACAUCAAAAAUUAAGUCUUUUUUUAUUUUAUAUUUAUAUAUAGCCAUAGUAAUUUCCACCUAAACCUGUAUGAUCUUAAAAAAUCAAAGAACUUAUUACUAAUAUGUUAAAGAUUGAAGAAAAAGACAGAUUUUCUUGGGAAGAUGUCUUUGAUGAUCCUAUUAUUAGAGGAUAAUAAAUUAUCUAAGAAGAUUUGAAAAAUAUCUAUAAUGAAAAAGGUAAAUUGAAUAUGUAUUUUUAUACAGACGAAAUUUUCAAAUCCAACAGCCUUAAUAAACUUUAUAUUGAUUAAAAUUUAGUGAUUGAAGAUCAAAAUUUAUAAUUUAUGAGCA